ACCUAGAUUACCUUAUUCUAAAAUGUGAUGGCAGAGAGUUGAUCCAGGAUUGAUCCUUCUGGAGUACAUUCAAAGUGGAGACAUAUAGCCCAACGUAUAUGAAGAUCUUAGCUUGGAAAGGAAAAACUGCAGUAUUCUUUAUAUUUAAUACAUUUUUUUGGUAAAAUUUGGUGAUGUUGCUGUUCACCAUACAGAGGGAAAAGCCGUGAUGGACGUAAGCUCUGCAGAAGAUGGAGAAGCAUGCGCGCUUAUCCUCCAGGGGCUUUGGGAGUAUGCGAGAGCAGGGCAGGAGGUUAUCCUGCUGUCCCCGUACCUGCCUGCGUCCUACGCCUUCUUGACGCACGUCCUGCUCUGCGCACCUUUCCUCGCGCUGGACGCGCUGGCGAGCGUCAGUGAGCGGGUCCGGUCGUGGAGGAUCGCGCCAGACUCGGGUCCACCGCCGUCUCUAAGACGAUGGUUUGACUGUUUUUGGAGGGUACUGUACAGAUACCUGACUACCGUCCUCCCCGCCACCGCGGUCUUUCAGACGCUGAGGAGCCCUGGUCCGUUACCGGAGCUGGCUCCGUCCUGCUGGCAGCUCUUUGUGGAAGUCUUCGCAUGUUUCCUGCUUUUUGACAUGCUCUUCUUCAUGUGGCACUUCUCCAUGCACAGAGUUCCCGGGCUCUACAAGAGGAUCCACCAGCUGCAUCACCAGCACCACACACCCUUCGCUCUGGCAGCUCAGGACGCCAGCUCAGCUGAGCUGCUGUCUCUGCUGCUGCUGGCUCUGACCAGCUCCUGGGUGGUGGGCUGCCACCCUCUGAGCGAAGCCUUUUUCCACCUCAUCAACAGCUGGCUGGCGGUGGAGGAUCACUGUGGCUACGACCUGCCUUGGGCUCUGCACAGGCUGCUGCCCUGUCUGGGAGGAGCCCCCUACCACCAAGCCCACCAUAGUACCUACACUGGCAACUACGCCCCCUACUUCACCCACUGGGACCACCUCUUUGGUACAUACUGUGCAUCAGUGCUGCAUUCACGUCCAGAGUGACAAAACUGUUGCAGGAAAAUCUGUCAAGAUGCCCUGAUUUUUUCUACAGAUUUUGGUUGUUACUGAUCAGCUUUCCAUUGCACGCUCCGUGAGGGAUAUGGGAUCCCAUGGUUUACAUCACUGCCAUUUCAGUCACAUCAAAAUAUCUUUUUAAAAUGUAUAAUUCUCUAAGCAAGACUGCAUACUGUCAUGUUAACCUGCAAUUUCUACAGCUGUUCUAUAUCAAGUGAAUGCAGAACGAGAUGAGGAGGGAUGACACAGUAAAUCAGGAAACAACGAACAAUUGCCUGAACUAAUGUGCAACUUUGUUUCCCUCAUGACAUGGGAGUGUCUUUGUAUGGAUUCUUAAGCUUUCAUAUUGUAGAUGUUAAGCAGACAAUAUGUCAUAGAUGUGUUUUGGUCAAUGCUGAUCAUAUAUGUAGUUAAAAAGGGAAAAUCUGCAGUGAGCUCUCAUGCCGGGCCACUUUACAAACUGCUCAUGGGAAUAGUUUGACAUUAUUGUGAAAUAUGCUUAUUUGCUUUCUUGCAGUGAAUUAGAUAAGAAAAUUGACAUCCUUCCCAAGUCUAUACAGUAAAUUAGAAGCUAAGCCAGUCAGCUUAGUUUAACACAAAGACUGCACUCAGGGGAAAACAGCUAGCCUGGCUCUGUGGAGGCUCCAGUAAGUGGCUACACCUGGCCAAGAAAUGGUAUGGCACAUACAGUAGACCGUAAAACCACACAUUUUUGUACAGAUUAAACAAAUGAGAUAUAACAUGCUAAUUGGUGAGCGGAUCUUGUUCCCCUUGUUUCCAGUCCUUACAUUAAGCUAAGAAAAACUGGCUGCUGUUGCUUGAUAUUUACUGUGCAGACAUGAGAGUGGUAUUCAUUGUCUCAUCUAACUCUUGGCAGGAAAGCAAAUAAGCGCAUGUCACAAAAAGCUACUCCUUUAAUAUCACAAAAUGAUUUGAUAUCUGUCUUUCAUUUAUUAUGAAAGGUAAAGUAAGUCUGUAGUUUUUGCAAAACUAAAAUAUGUAAGAGGGACUGUCUCCAGUGUAAGAAUAAUGUAAACAUUUGAAGUGAACAAUCCUCUUUGAGCCAAAGUGGUUGUGUAAUGUGUACCAUAUUUUCUUAAUUGUAUUUUCUUGAAGUCUUUGGCAAAGACUCUGUUAUAUUCAAUGCUAUGUUUGUUCCUUUACGCAUGCUUUUUCAUGAAUCAGCAUUUCUGCACAAAUUUCUGCACAGCCUUACCAACAUUGGGCUUGAUGAGCAUGAGAAAAUGUAUUAAAGCUGCACACAGACUUAGUGUGUUGUCAUUCGCCUCAGGUUCAGGUUUCUGCUGUGCUGUUCUGGUUAGUGAAUUGGAUGCCCUGGGCUUUUCAAGUGUCUGUUCUCUGUAAACUGGUUCCACAGGGA